AGUAAGUUGAAGACGCACUAUGAAAUCCACACUCUUCCCCAAAAAUUUCUAGUGUCUAAAUAAGGUGGUGCACGUGACCAACGACAGUCGAGACGUUGGAAAACGAUGCGAAUCAAGAAAAUAACGAGAAAACUCGCUACUACAAAGCCAAUACGUCACAUUGUGCGGGUGGAACUGUCCGUGAACAGAGAUCGCCAAAGACGAAGAUCUAGAAGUAGCAAAUAUGUCUAAAAGAGGAAAGAGCGAUUCCCAAAAAAAGCGAGCUGGUCGAGCCACAUCAAACGUCUUUGCCAUGUUCGAACAAAACCAGAUAGCUGAAUUCAAAGAGGCAUUCCAGCUCAUUGACAAUAACAAAGACGGGUUUAUCGACAAGAAUGAUCUUCGGGCGACGUUUGAUUCCCUUGGCCGGCUAGUUAACGAAGAAGACUUAGAAGGAAUGAUUCAUGAAGCCCCAGGGCCUAUCAACUUCACAAUGUUCCUAACCAUCUUUGGUGAAAGAAUAUCAGGAACUGACCCUGAAGAAUCUAUUAAAAAUGCCUUGAAGACAUUUGAUCAGAAUGCUACAGGAAAAAUCAACGAAGACAGGCUUAGGAAAGCACUUAAGACAUGGGGAGAUAAAUUCCAAGACCAUGAGGUAGAUGAAGUUCUUAAAGAGGCACCUAUCGACAGGGAGGGAAACAUCGAUAUUGAAGGGUACGUCAAACUGAUCUGCGGGUCUGAGAAGGAAGAGGAAGGGAUGGCGUAAAUAACUAAUUCUCGAACGAGGCCAGACGUGUUGUUCGCUUUCGUCUUAUAAAAACUCUAUUUUCAUACCCUUCUAAGACGUGAACAACAACAAAAAUAUAUUGACAACAUAAUAUAUGCAAUGCAACAUAUACGUUGGCUUAACAAAGCUGAAAUAAAACUAUUUAUUGAAUAAGAACUCAAGGCAGCUUCUUCGAAAUGCGCGUGGAUUUUGAACACUAAAAACGCCCUUAGCUCUUUAAUAUUGAUUAUAUUUUGAUUAACUAAUCCAGUUAAGUCAUUUGGUAAAAUCCUAUAAAUCUAAAAUAUUUUGUGUACAUACUCUUUAAAAUUGUAAGUAAUUAUUCAUAGAAUUAUUUUCAAGUUUAUAAAAUAAGACAUUUUCUAUGCGUAGAUCGAUACAUCAAGUAAUUAAACAAAUGUACAAUACCCUUAUUUUCCCACUAUUUAAAUGUAAAAUUCCACUCUUUUCAUAGAGAACUUGUUUCCUGUAAAAGUGCAAAUUUAAACUGAUGAAACUAGUACUAACACUGCAGUGAAAUUAAAGUUAUUUAGAUAAUAUACAACAGUACCAUAAUGUACAUAUACUAGCAAAUCAAUGGCUAAUAGCUUUGUGAAUAGUGGGAAACAAACAAAUUUAAUACCUUAUUAGCAUAAAAAUAUAUUUGAAAUUUAAACAUUUAUUUAAUUCCGUUGUUGAAGUUUUAUCAUUAUCUUCAACGUACAGGCACUUACAAUUUUUGAGAAAUUAAAACCUUAAUCACCAAAGAUGGUAGUUUUAUUUUUGAAAUGAUUAGGUUUAACUGUUUUGCUGUUAAGCUGAACGCUUAUGACAAUAAUCGGCCGAUGUUAUUUAUGUUGUUGCUUUAUUACUAAUCAAAACCAUUUAAUGUACAGUUACCAGUCUAAAAAUCUGGUAUACGAGCUGAAAUAUUGCAAUAAAUACAUAUUUGAAGGUGA